AUGUAUAAAUUAAGUGCGAUUUAUUUACUCAUUUUGGCGACAAUACUGCAAAUAACUCUUGCUUUAAAGGAAGGUGAAUGCGAGGUUUGUGUUAAAACUGUUGAAAAAUUCGCGGCCACGUUAUCUGAUAAUGUAAAGAAGGACCCAAAAUUAAUAGAAGCAGAGUUCAAGAAAUUUUGUAAAGGCUCUAAGAACAAAGAGAAUAGUAAUACAAUAGAUAAAUUGUUCUCAAGACAAAAUGUGAUA